AGUUUUAAUAUCAAAGAGGCGGAUCAGUAAUUAUUUUGCUCGUAAAAAUAAUAUUUAAUAAUGAUUUUGAAACAGAGGAUUUUCGUGUUAGUUGUUAUAAUAGGACUAACUACUAAGAUAAAAGCUUCUUACGAAAACGAAUGUGAGGCUUGUGACCCCAAGGCUUGCCCAGUACCUGUGGGCUGCUUAGCAGGAACGGUGAAAGACCACUGCGGCUGCUGCUCUGUGUGUGGUGUGACGGAAGGUGCUCCCUGCGACAAUGAAGGUCUUCCUCUUCAAUACAAAACCAAGUAUGGAUAUUGUGGAGAAAAGCUGGAAUGUCGGAUAAGGACAGAUCUGCCACUUGAAGAACCCCCAGAAGCCUUAUGUUUUUGUAUUCAUCAGAAGUCCAUUUGCGGGAGUGACGGCAAAACUUACCAAAACGAGUGUCAGCUAAUUGAAGCUAGGAACAAAUGGCAAGAUGGGCUCCAUAUCAAAAACAGUGGACCAUGUACAACUGCACCAACUAUUGAAUUCGCACCGGAAGACACGUACAACACCACAGGAAGUUACGUGGUACUUUCUUGUGAAGCUUCCGGUUGGCCAAUACCCAUAAUCCAUUGGCGUGUUGAUCUACAAAACGGGAUUCAAAAAUUUUUACCAUGUAAGUUCGUGAGUCCUAUUUUGAUUGCUUUUUUUUUUGUUAUUAAGGACAAACCUCCACUAUGGGCUUUCUGUGCCCUGUCUCGUGGGGUAUCAAACUCUGAAUUCUAG